GUAUACCGGCGGGAUUCAUUUUUUUUUUGUUGCUUGCUUUGUUCCUUUGGUGGCUUCAAAACCGUUGCGCUGUGCAUGUGUUGAAAGUGUGUACUUGCCGGGCGCUCCGGUCGAGAACUGUUACGGAGCGACGUGUUUUUGGUAACAUUAGAUAAAGUAGUACAAAAUGUGUGGGUGUUUAAGAAUAUUGAAGGCAUAUAAGCCAGUGCCGCGGUCCUGGCACUGCAGGCUCUCUAGCAGCUCUGCAGCUGCCCCUCCUACCCCAGGAGUGCCUUACACCAAACUUAGUAUUGGAGUGCCUAAAGAGAUAUGGCAAGAUGAAAGAAGAGUUGCUGUAGUACCUGCUGUUGUUAGCAAAUUAGUAAAAAAAGGUUUCAGUGUCAAUGUAGAAGAGAAUGCUGGGUUCUUAGCAAAUUUUAAUAACCAACUUUAUGAAGAGGCUGGGGCCAAAGUAACUAGCUUAAAGGAUACAUUCCAGUCUGAUAUUAUUUUAAAAGUCCGUCCAAUAGUAGACAAUGAAGUGCCACAUUUAAGGGAUGAAGGAACACUUAUAUCAUUUCUAUAUCCAGCUCAAAAUCAAGAUUUAAUUAAAAAGAUGGCUGAUAGGAAAAUGAAUGCAUUUGCUAUGGAUUGUAUCCCUAGGAUUAGUCGCGCCCAGGCUUUCGACGCACUCAGCUCGAUGGCGAACGUAGCCGGGUACCGUGCAGUUAUUGAGGCAGCAGCACACUUCCCCAGAUUCUUCUCAGGUCAGAUGACGGCGGCGGGUCGCGUGCCGCCGUGCCGCGUGCUGGUGGUGGGCGGCGGCGUGGCGGGGCUGGCGGCGGCUGCGCAGGCGCGCUGCAUGGGCGCCGCCGUGCGCGCCUUCGACACGCGCCCCGCCGUGCGCGAGCAGAUCGAGAGCCUCGGCGCCACCUUCGUCACCAUGGACAUGAAGGAAGAGGGAGCCGGGGAAGGUGGAUACGCUAAGGAAAUGAGUCAAGAGUUCCUGGACGCUGAGCGGGCGCUCCUGGGCAAGGAAGCGAGGACCUCUGACGUGGUCAUCAGCACCGCGCUCAUCCCCGGCAAACCUGCCCCACUUCUUAUCUUAGAGGAUGCUGUACGGGACAUGGCCCCUGGUAGCGUUAUUGUUGACCUCGCAGCGGAGAUGGGCGGAAACGUUGAAACAACAAAGAAGGGCCAAAUCACAAAAACACACGGCGUCACACACAUCGGUCUCACGGACUUGCCGAGUCGCAUGCCGGCACACGCCUCCACUCUCUACGCCAAUAAUAUCUCCGGAUUUCUAUUCAGUUUGGGUACGGAUGAUCACUUCCACAUUAACCUGGAGGACGAGGUGACGCGCGGCGCGGUGGUGCUGAAGGCGGGCGAGCUGCUGUGGCCGCCGCCGCCGCCGCCCAGCAUGGCGCCUGCGCAGGCGGCCGCCAAGCCCACCGCCGUCAAGGCCGAACCACCCAAUCCAUUCAACGAGACGCUCAAAGAUGCCUUCUUAUAUUCUACUGGUUUAGCCUCUCUGAUUGGUUUGGGAAUAGCGUCACCCAACCCGGCAUUCACAACAAUGACUACCACCUUGGCUUUGGCAGGUGUUGUGGGAUACCAUACAGUGUGGGGCGUGGUGCCGGCGCUGCACUCUCCUCUCAUGUCUGUGACUAACGCCGUGUCAGGUAUCACUGCCGUCGGCGGAUUGCUGCUUAUGGGCGGCGGAUACGUGCCCGAAACACCAGUGCAGUGGUUAGCAAGCACAGCGGCUUUAAUCUCAUUUGUUAACGUGUUUGGUGGAUUUAUGGUGACGCAACGGAUGCUUGACAUGUUCAAGAGGCCCGGUGACCCACCAGAAUACGGCUAUUUGUACGCGAUUCCGGCUGCUGCCCUCAUGGGCGGGUAUAUUACCACAGCAAUGCAGGGUUACCCUGAGGUACAUCAAAUGGCGUAUCUAGCCGCCUCAUUGUGUUGUGUCGGCGCGCUUGCAGGACUUAGCUCGCAGGCGACAGCCCGCAAAGGAAAUUACCUAGGCAUGAUCGGCGUGGCGGGCGGCAUCGCGGCGACGCUGGGCGCGCUGACGCCGAGCGCGGAGGUGCUCGCGCAGAUGCUGGGCGUGGCCGGCGUCGGCGGCCUCAUCGGCGGAACCAUCGCCAAGAAAAUCGAGAUCACUGAUCUGCCUCAGUUGGUCGCCGGUUUUCACAGUUUGGUCGGAAUGGCAGCCGUGCUGACGUGUCUCGCGACGUACAUGCACGACUUCCCGGCGAUGGCGAUGGAUCCCACGGCGGCCACGCUCAAAACAUCUCUCUUCCUCGGUACAUACAUCGGUGGAAUUACAUUUACUGGAUCCCUAGUGGCUUACGGCAAGCUGCAAGGCUCGCUAUCAUCGGCGCCACUGUUGUUGCCUGGCCGUCACGCCAUCAAUGCUGGCCUGUUGGCUGGCUCGCUAGGCUGCGGCGGAGCUCUCUUAGCGUUCCCUGAAGCCCCGGGCUUGCCCUUGCUGUCUGCUGCGGCCGUGCUUAGUGGCAUCCAGGGUCUGACGCUCACUGCCGCUAUUGGAGGAGCGGACAUGCCGGUCGUUAUAACUGUACUGAACAGCUACUCCGGCUGGGCGCUGUGUGCCGAAGGCUUCAUGCUCAACAACUCUUUGAUGACAAUCGUCGGCGCUCUCAUCGGCAGUUCUGGAGCUAUCCUUUCCUACAUUAUGUGCAAGGCGAUGAACCGAUCGCUGCCCAACGUGAUCUUGGGUGGGUACGGCGUGACGAGCGGCGGCACCGCGCGCCCCGCCGGCGCCACGCACACUGAACUCAACGUAGACUCCGUCGCCGAUCUCAUUUACCGCGCCUCCAACAUCAUUAUUACACCAGGUUAUGGUCUAUGCGUGGCGAAAGCGCAAUAUCCCAUUGCUGAACUAGUCGAGUUAUUAAAAUCUGCCGGAAAGAAAGUGCGAUUUGCCAUACAUCCUGUAGCCGGUCGUAUGCCCGGCCAGCUUAAUGUGUUGCUCGCCGAGGCCGGUGUUCCUUAUGAUGAUGUGUAUGAAAUGGAGGAAAUCAAUGAGGAGUUCCCUGAAACAGAUCUCGUACUUGUUAUUGGUGCUAACGACACGGUGAACAGUGCAGCUGAAGACGAUCCCAAUUCGCCCAUUGCGGGAAUGCCCGUACUCAAAGUAUGGAAGUCAAAUCAGGUGGUUGUUAUGAAGAGGUCAAUGGGCGUGGGUUACGCCGCUGUGGACAACCCUAUCUUCUACAAUCCAAAUACAGCCAUGUUACUCGGCGACGCCAAGAAGACUUGCGACGCCUUGCUUGAAAGAGUCAAGCAUCUUGCAGCGUAAUUAAACUAAUUAAUGUUGCGAUAAACACCAAGACAUCAUGCAAGAAAGUAUAUUUUUAUUAUAGUUUAAUUUUAAAAUGCUGCACAAAUUCUACUUAGUAAAAUUAACAGCCAGCAUUAAAAUUAUCAAUCUACAAAACUUUCUUUAUGACAGUUGGGUGUUUUUUGUGCAUGCUUUAAAGAUAUUUUUGUAAGUCGUUUUUACUUAGGAUUUUUAAACCACCCAUAGUAAAAACUUUAUGCCAUUUCUCCAUAAAAUUUAUUAUAUCGAAAUUUUAUUGAAAUAUUAUUAGAAAAAGGGACUGAUUUUUUUUAGUUAUGCGUUUUCGAUUGGAUUUAUAAAAGGCUUACAUCUUUCCAGAAGAUUGGCUUUUAUUAAAAUUAAUUUUAUACAUAGAAUGGAAUGAGAAACAAUCAGUUAAGUUUGUUGGGUAUGUGUGUCAGGAAAAUGCCAGUCAUAUGAAGGAAGCGUUAUUGGCUUGGUAUAAAAUUAUUACGUCAUAUUUGAAUGUUUGGAAGAACUUGUAUUACAUAAAUAUGCAAUUUGCUUCAUUGUUCAAGUAGGUAUUGUUAUAUUUUUGAAGGUGAAAUUUAACAUACUUUUUUCAAACUCAUAGCUUUACAAAGUUUUCAUGUUGUCGACCAACAUACAUAAUAUAAUAUUUUAGUAGAUGAAUUCAAGUGCCUUUAUAUUUUAUGAUGUUAUAAAUGUAGUCUAUUCAAUCUGAAAUACUAUUUUUAAUGAUUUAAAUUUUAUUACAAUAAAUGAAUAUCACAAUUUUACUAUGUUAAUAACAUUGAGAUUUUUAUAUACCUCUGCAUAGACUUUAUUUAUUUGCUGCAGAUAUUAUUUUGUCUAACUGCAAUUAUUGCAUUUUGAUUUCGCUUAACCUCCCUGCACAUUCCAGUGAUACAUGCUUUUGCAGGUAAAGUGUAUGAACUAUCGUAAAGAUAAUCUUGGUAAAAAUAUAUCAUUAAAAUAUCCCCAAACCAAACUUAUUUAUAUGCGUGUUUGUAAAACCAGUGCACUUAAUGAAAACAAUGCAAGAUUCUAUUUUAUAUAAAAAUCUUAUCAUUCCAAGUUCAUUUACUCGCGCAUUAUUUACGUACUUAGUUCAUGACGCUAGAAGUUAAGUUUAAGUGUGAAAUGUAAGCUUUGUAAUUUGUGACUGAAUAAAAUCUUUUUUAAAUUUGA